AUUUACACCACCCCUAAUCAUUUCGUAAGUCCCGUCAUUUUGUUAGCCUCAAACACACAAAAAUUGCGACUCCUAUACUCUUCCUUACAGACCCUCCUCUCUCCUAUUAUCCCAAAUACGUCAAUUUCGAAAAUGUCCGACCCGGAAAUCGCACCCGAACCCCAACCGGAACAAAACUCCGCUUCACCACCGCAACAAAACGGAGACCAACCCAAACUCAUCCCCGGCGGCUUCAGCAUAUGGCCACCUACCCAGCGCACUCGCGACGCGGUCAUCAAUCGCUUAAUCGAAACCCUAACUACCCCCUCCGUCCUUUCCAAGCGCUACGGUACAUUGCCUCCUGACGAGGCCUCCGCUGCCGCUCGCCAGAUCGAGGAUGAGGCUUACUCUAUCGCCGGUGACUCCGCCGCUCCCGACGGUGGCGACGGUAUCGAGAUCCUCCAGGUAUAUUCCAAGGAGAUCAGUAAGCGGAUGCUUGAAACUGUUAAGGCCAGACCUACCAUAGGUUCCACCGCCGUUGAUAACGGUGCUGUUGAAGCUCCUCCCUCUGACGAUCCUCCUUCUUCUUCCCCAACCACAGAGGAUGCACCUGACACCGGCAAGAUCGAGACAGAGACUGAUACCUGAUCGUUGAUAUUAUAGUAUGUUGUUGUUGAUGGAUUUUAUAUUUUAAUAUCUUACUAUUUACUAUCAUGAUCUAUCUGUAGAACUUUUUUUAUUUCUCGUGCUACCAAUCUUUAUUAUAAAACUAUUAUAAACGUGGGCGUCUUUGUUUGUUUUAAUUUGCGUUAUUUGAGUUAGGUUUAUUAUCCUUCUUAUGUCCUAUCAUGAAAAUAUGUUGGAAUUGGAAUUAAUAUAUCAUCAGUGUGCUUGUCUCUUA